UCAGAGUUGGGUGCAGCUCCACCAGAGAAGGAAGCGGAGUUUCCGGCUGUUUGCAGCGGAGGGAGAGGAUUGCUGACGCCGCGAAACCCCGAGAAAAACGCCGGCGGCUCGGGGGGGGUAAUAGUUCCUAGCAUCGGUAGUGGUCGUUUUCUUUCAUAUAGGGGGAUCUGGGGGCUGGUGAUUUUUUUUUUACUCGCCGAGGGGGACGGACACAAACCGAGCAAAGAAGCGGCACAAGGCGGGGGUGAGCCACCAGCUACCGGCAUGGCCAGGGACUACGAUUACCUCUUCAAGCUGCUCAUCAUCGGUGACAGCGGAGUGGGGAAGAGCAGUCUCCUCCUGCGAUUUGCAGACAACACAUUUUCAGGUAGCUAUAUCACCACGAUUGGCGUGGACUUUAAGAUCCGGACGGUGGAAAUCAACGGGGAGAAGGUGAAGCUACAGAUCUGGGAUACAGCAGGGCAGGAGCGCUUCCGCACCAUCACUUCCACAUACUACAGGGGAACGCAUGGGGUCAUAGUGGUAUACGACGUCACGAGUGCAGAGUCCUUCGUCAACGUCAAACGAUGGCUACAUGAAAUCAACCAGAACUGUGAUGAUGUGUGCCGAAUAUUAGUGGGAAACAAAAACGACGACCCCAACUCCAAGGUGGUCGAGACGACUGACGCGCAGAAGUUUGCCGAGCAGAUGGGAAUCAACCUGUUUGAGACGAGUGCAAAAGAGAACAUCAAUGUUGAAGAGAUGUUCAACUGCAUCACAGAGCUAGUGCUAAGAGCCAAGAAGGAGGUGCUAGCCAAACAGCAGCAGCAGCAACAGAACGACGUGGUCAAACUCAGCCGGAACAGUAAACGAAAGAAAAAGUGCUGCUAGCAAACUCGAAGCCAUCCGCAAAAGGCCCACGGCGUCUUUUCUUCACACACGCAUACACACAAGAUGGGACUCAGAGCAUCUAAAUUAAAGAGCAGAUAAAGAUUUAAUAAAUAUACAGUGAAAGAUUAAAAAAAAAUAAAUGGAAAAAAUGUCCCCUUUGGACAAAUUAAUCAUGAAGACUUAAAAAGAAAAAUGUACAGAUUUUAUUAGAUGUCAGAUCAAGUUUUAUUUGGAAUUCAGCAGAUGGGCACUUAUUGACCUGAGGUCCUCCUUUCUUAAAGGAUCUGCAAGCUGAUAACUGACCGCCAUAAUGAUUUAUAUCCACAUAUUCCCCAUGUUCUUCCAUCAGUAUCUCAUCUCUCCUUCUCAUUCCAAUGCACACGGGACAUUCAGAGUCAGCUCAGACUCUGCGCCUGAGGAGAAGGAGGGCUCACCUGUCUCUGGAUUUAUUUGUUUCUUUCUAGUUUUACUUUUGGGGGGCUGGGAGGGGGAGUUUUUUGGGGGUUUUCUUUUUUUUUCUUUUUCUUUUUUUUGGAACGGGUGUUUCAGACACCUGUGUUACCAUGGCUCACACCCAGAAAUCAUGAACUGCUAGAUUUUGUUUUAUUUGACUUGAUGGGGGGGAUCACACGGAGGAGGAUGAUGAUGAUGAUGAUUGGUAGACGACCUUUAGCAACUAAUCCGAUGGACAGAACUGGUGACUUCUCAUGUUUUGUUUCUCUUUGUCUAUAUUUUGCCAAGCUUCCUACCCUCUACCCUCUAACCUCCAGUAGUGCUGAGCCAACGAUAAUUGAUUUUAUGUUUUCCUUUUUUUUUGUUUUGUCUUUUAAAGUGGGGCAGAGCAGUUGAACCACCCCUGGAGCUCUGGGACAUCAGGCUCUGAAAGCACCGUUCACUGCAGUCUUACUACGCUUUCAGAGUUCGCUUUUUAAACCUUUUCCUCCAUCUUUUUUUUUCUUUUCUUUUUUUUUUAAACAAUGAUACUGCCAACAUUAUAGAAAAAAAAAAAAAUUAAGAGCUCAGUGGCGCCUCUCAUUGGACUGUUGCCAUAGUGGCCCCUGGUUGACCAAGAAGCCAAGUGAAUCAGGGCCUGAUGAGUCCUCAGGAAGCGCUCAGGGCUGCCCUCCUUCCCUCUCAUUCCCCUCUGUAUUUCUGCAGCCACUGGCCUUCAUUCCCCCACCCCCCACCCGGACGCCCACAUAUCAGCACCUCUCACUUUGGUCCAUCGGUGUGCACGGGGAGACUCUGACUGUGGAAACUGGCUUCUUGUAGUCGUUGACCUCCAAUCCAUUGCAGACUGUGGUUUUUGCCCUUGUGUUUGAGCAUGUAACACUUUGUUUGAAGGGGUAUGUAAAAGGUAACAUGCAUUUAGACUGUGGAGGAUUUACUGUAUUUUCUCAGCUUGCAGAAUAUUCUUAACAGUUGACUAAUGUUAAAAUCUGAUGUCAUGUUUUUCUUUGCUCUUCUCCGUCACAACCCCCAGCGCUACCUGUUCAAUUGAAGUGUUACCGCACAGUGUUUUUGGCAUCCAUGAUGAGUGUGUGGCAGACAGUGGGACUGUUAAUUAAGAACAAACGGGGAUGAACUGCAGCACUGGAUCCCAGUGUGUUCGGGCCUGAGCUCCUCUCCCUCUCCAUAUCCAGGGUUUGUCACAGAGGCCGAAGCAGCGACAGCGUCUAUCACUGACAUAUUUGUUUGUUUAUUUUGAAUUGGGAGAUAGUAAAAGGAGAGAGCUGUAAGCUUCUGUCGGAAACAUUCAGUUUUUUGUCCUCUGGGCAGACUCUGGCAGCCGAUUUGGGAUCCUGAUACACGUCGAGAGGUCACUGUGACCUCAGGGCCUAGGAAUGGUAUCAAAUCUCUCACUUUAUGAUUUCUACUCAUUACGUGUAUGUAUAUAUAAAUAUAUUUGUGUGUUUAUAUUCAAUAUAGAACAUACACACAUAAUUAGCACACCAAACUGUGCAUGUGUUAAACAUGCCCCAUGUGCUAAGGUGGAAACACACUCGUCAGCUGUGGUUUGCUGUACACUGGAGAAAAAGAGAUGUAUCAUUUUUCCCUACAUGAAUUUAAUCAGUAAUAAACGUUUUAAAGGAAUAAAUAUUUGACACAUAA